AUGGCUCAACAACAGGAAGCCGAAGACUCAUACCACAUCGAUGUCUCACUGUUGUCUGCUCUUGCAGCAUACCCUUCGGGGUACAAAGAAGAUGUCCCAGACAUCAUUGAUAGCGACGCGCUGAAUGAGUUUUUGGCGGCUAGGCAAAUGGUCAGCCCUUUUGAUGACAUCCCUCUCUCCGUCGAUGCAUCUGUGCUGCAAGAUAGCAGUGCAGACAGCUGCACUAGUACCUCAGAUGGCGUCUGUAAGUCUGACCCUUAUCACCUGCAGUACCUGGACCACGAUUCCUCUAAAUUCAGCACUCGUCGUCUACAAAGCUACUUUGCACUUAUUAACAAUCAACCAUCACUGCCAGGGUUUAAUCAAAACGGCGAAGACGAUGGGAGCGUUCCCCCAUUAGACGACUUUCCACCCAAACGGGGUGUCAGCGGGAAGCGACCCCGUGAUGAAGAUGAGCCAGAGACCAUUGCUGAGGUCUCUGAAGAGCAUUUUGACAUGGGCCUUGGGCGCCAAACCCCCACUGUCAACCGUCACAAGAAGGCCAGGAGGGACAGCGCACACGAACCUCCUCGACCUACAACUCCCCAGCCUCCCAAGGCCAGACCACAAGUCCUGGGUACAUUUCCCCAAACCGAACAGCUUUCACUACAGCACGCUAACCGAGACGAAGCACGACAAGCAGCCACCGCGAUGGCGCGGGCUGAGAAGCCUGCGGGAAGGCCGAGGCGGACGAGGCGUCCGGCUGCUCAGCAGUAUAUUGGGAUUCCAAUGGAGCAGGUUGGUGGUGGGGGGGAAAUAUUUGGCCAGAGUCCGGGGUUGCAGUUUGGUCAGAUGCCUGGUCAGCAGUUUGGGCAGAGUCUUGGGCCACAGUUUGGGCAGAGUCCUGGUCCGCAGUUUGGUCGAAUUCCCCUCCAACAAUUCGGCCAGAGUCCAGGUCUGCAGUCUGGUCAAAUUCCCGUCCAGCAAUUUGCUCAGGCUCCUGGUCCGCAAUUAUACCAGGGUCCCAAUCAGUACUACAGCCCGGCUCCUGCUCCUCACGCGGGCCAGUUUCCUCCUCGGCAUAUCGGCCACCAACCUUCCCAGCCCAUAGGCUAUCCUCCCGCUCCAAAUAUCAACCAUGCUCCCGCCCAGCGUUGGGACCCUGCAGUUUGGCCCGGCUCCUACCCAAGGGUCCGCUAA